ACCCAAUUCUUGGUGAAGAAGUUUCAUCUUUAAGGAGUAACAAGAAGAAGAGAAUUAACGUACGAGUUGUUGACUCUUUAGGACAUGAACAUUAUUAGGGUUUUGUGAUUUUGCAAAACUGGAAACAAUGAGAGACCCUGAUUGUUCAAUCAUCAACCUCGUCGUCUUUCUCCUACCAAGGAUUCUGUGAAAUUUGUAUUAUUUAUUUUCUUUGUUCAUUUAGGAAAAAAUCUGGCGAUUUUGUAUAGCAUUGGUGUAUACCUAAAAUGGGUUGUCGAUGGAAUCCAAUUGGGUUCCAAUUCUCUUGCUUUAUGUUCUUGAUCAUUACCCUUCAAUCUCGUUUCUCGUUAUCCCUCGAAUCCGAAGGAUACAUAUUGUUGAAAUUCCGGGCAAGAGUUGAUUCUGAUCCUCAUGGAACUCUUGCAAAUUGGAAUGUUUCUGAUCAUGAUCAUUUGUGUUCUUGGUUUGGUGUUACGUGUGUCGACAAUAAAGUGCAGAUGCUGAAUCUUAGUGGUUGUUCUUUGGGAGGAACUUUAGCUCCUGAGCUUAGUCAAUUGAGUGAAUUAAGAUCGCUAAUACUAUCCAAGAACAAAUUCUCUGGUGACAUUCCAAAGGAAUUUGCGAAUUUCGCGAAAUUAGAGUUCUUGGAUUUGCGAGAUAAUAAGUUAAGCGGAGUAGUACCACCCGAGCUAAACAAAGUGUUGACACCGGAAAACUUGCUGCUUUCUGGUAACAAAUUUGCGGGUUUUAUGACCAUAAAGUUCCUGAGACUUCAAUCGCUAUAUAAAGUCCAGUUGAACAAGAAUCGGGAGCUAUCUUCUUCGUCUUACGAUGUACUCGACUGUGUAAAUAGAAAACUUGGAUACUGUGUUUCAAGGAGAAGUUUACUAACAAGAAACAAGGCAAAGGCAUUCGUAUUGCGGAUUAGAGCAACUUCAAGACAUUACAUGAAAGCAUUUUCUUAUCUUUCAAUACUGGUGCGAAAGGAAUCUCACAGCGAGAAAUAUGUCGUGAAUUAUCACCCAAGUUAUUCAGGGAACGAAACUAGUAUCUUCAAAAGGCGUGAGUUACUCGAGGGAACAAGCAAUUUAGCGGCUACGCCGGCGCCUGAUGCGCCUAGUCCUUCUCCUGAGAUUGUAACCAGAGUGUUUCCUCGAAGCAGCGGGUCUUUUCCCGCAUUAACUAAUGCAAAGAAGAGAAUACCUCCAUUGAUCUCUCCUUCUUCUCCUUCUCCUCCUACCAACAACACCAUCGCUAAUGAUCCACCGAGGAAAUUCGAAGAAAAAUCGAAAGGGUUUAAGGACGUUUGGUUGUAUGUUGUUAUUGGUGUUGCUGCUUUCGUAGCGAUGCUGAUAAUAGUAGCGGUUAUAUUCUUCUUCCGGAAAAGAGCUGUGAAGAGUAUAGGUCCAUGGAAGACUGGUUUGAGUGGACAAUUGCAGAAAGCUUUUGUUACUGGUGUACCUAAGCUAAACCGGUCUGAACUAGAAACAGCCUGUGAAGAUUUCAGCAAUAUCAUUGAAGCAUUUGAUGGUUACACUGUCUAUAAAGGAACUUUGUCAAGUGGCGUUGAGAUUGCGGUUGCUUCAACCGCGAUUUUGGAAACUAGAGAAUGGACAAGAGCUAUGGAAAUGACUUACCGCAGAAGGAUUGAUACAAUGUCAAGAGUCAACCAUAAGAACUUUAUCAAUCUAAUUGGUUAUUGCGAAGAAGAUGAACCGUUUAAUAGGAUGAUGGUUUUCGAAUAUGCUCCAAAUGGAUCUCUUUUCGAACAUUUACACGAUAAGGACAUGGAACAUCUUGAUUGGAGCGCGAGGAUGAGGAUAAUAAUGGGAACUGCUUAUUGUCUGCAAUAUAUGCACGAGCUUAAUCCGCCAAUCUCACACACUAAACUUGUCUCAUCAGCAAUCUACUUAACAGAUGAUUACGCAGCAAAGGUCGGAGAGGUUCCUUUCAGCGGACAAACCGGGAGUAAACCGAGAAAACCGAUGAGUGGUGAUUUAGACCAAUCUUUAUUGCCAUUACCACCUGAACCAGAGACUAAUGUCUAUAGCUUUGGAGUAUUAAUGCUUGAGAUAAUCUCUGGAAAGCUCUCAGAUUCAGAAGAAGAAGGAUCAAUUCUAAAAUGGGCCUCAAAGUAUCUUGAGAAUGAUAAUUUGAGAGAUAUGAUUGAUCCUACACUAACAACGUUUAAAGAAGAAGAACUUGAAGCUAUAUGUGACGUGGCAAGACAUUGUCUGAAACUUGACGAAAGCCAAAGACCAAAAAUGAAAGAUGUGGUUGAACAAUUGAAAGAAGUAAUAAACAUAUCUCAAGAACAAGCAACACCAAGACUCUCUCCUCUUUGGUGGGCAGAGCUUGAGAUCUUAUCCUCUGAAGCUACAUAACCAUGAAGAAGAACGAGUCUCUCUUCUCCUCUCUCUAUCUCUCUCUUUCUCUUCGAGUCGUCACACGUGUCAGAGGUUCAC